CUUUAAUCAUACACACAGUUAUACACGUUUAAAAGUUGUACAUUUGGAAAAUUCUUCUACAAAAUAUCACAAUGAUGCAUACAAUGGUUCAUAGAUGGCAUAACUAUUAAUUUAAAGCGUCUAUAUUGUCUGGAUUGUCUGAGGUUUCACAAGCACAUGCAACAUGCGUAUAGAAACGUGUUAUUUUUGUUCGUCCCGGAUUUAUCCGGGACAUGGAAUCCAGUUUGUAAGAAAUGAUUGUAAGAUAUUCAAAUUUUGUCGGUCAAAGUGCCAUGCUGCGUUUAAGAAAAAGAAGAAUCCAAGGAAAGUCAAAUGGACAAAAGCAUACAGGAAAACAGUUGGCAAGGACUUAGCUGUGGAUCCAUCAUUUGAAUUCGAAAAAAGAAGAAAUAUUCCACUUAAAUAUAAUAGAGAAUUAUGGCAGAAUGCAAUUGAUGCGAUCAAAAAAGUAGAAACUAUCAAACAAAAGAGACAAAAUCUACAUAUAAUGCAACGAUUACGUAAAGGACGUGAAUUAGAACAAGAAAGAGAUAUUAAAGAAGUUCAACGUGAUUUAUCACUCAUAAGAUCACCUGCUGCAGGAUUGAAAGAAAGAAAGAAACUAGAACAAACCGAACAAGAAGAGAUGCAGGAAUCUAACGAUGAACAAGAACAACAAGAAAUGGAAGUGAAUUAGUUUUGUUUAUUAUACGAUGAUUAUAUUCAUAACACGAUAAGAUGGAAUAAUUUAUAUAAAAGUCUACAAUUAAACUUAUUACAUUUUACAUGUAUUAGACAGAUUGUGGAUGAAAGAAAACUUUAUUUAAAAUAAACAAUUUAUAUAAAAUUCGUUUUUUAUAGUACAACAUAAUUACAUAUUUAUGUAAGAAUUAUAAAUAAAAUUAAUAUCAAAUUAAAUACUAGUAA